UAAAAUAAAGAUGGAAACUUUCAUUGGUAAUGCAUAAGCUCUGAUAUUUGCUAUGUGCAAGGUAACACAAACUUACAACUUGCUUUAUUCCCUUUCUCCUUUCCUUUCCUCAUUUCUCUUCUUCCUUUAUUCUUUCUUCCUUUUUUAGUUUCAAGGAAAGAUUUUUCUUAAAGUUCUUCUUUUUCUUGCAAUUAUUUCAUCAUACAGAUCAUCAUAUAACUUUGCUAAUCAGUAAUUACACCUUUUUUUCUCUAAAAGACUAUUUCUUUCUCUAUAUUUCUCCUCUUUUUUUUUGUGGGUUAUUGGUUAUUUUUGGAUUGAGAUUGGCUUUCUAUUGAUUACUAUAUUGGGUUUUCUGGCUCGUUGGUUUCCUGUCGACAGAUAGCUUUGAUUCAUGACUCUCAAGAGUAUGAUGGCGGAUAAACAACUAAACUUUAAUCAACCUCUGCUCUCUGUGAGGCGUGGCGCAUCAAUUCCUGCUCUAAAGGGAAAUGAAAGGAAGAACAAUAACUCCUAUCCAAGCUUGCCCUCUCUUCCUUUUUACAAAUCAGAACUUAAAUCAGGCCCCAUUAGAAAUCCUGGUGUUGUUCCUUUUAAGUGGGAACAAAUGCCCGGAAGGCCUAAGGGAGAAAACAAUGCACGAAACGAUGCUCUUGAGUGCCUGACUCCUGUUCCGAAACUGCCACCAGGGAGGAAUACAAACCAUAUGCAAAAACAAACUGAUGAUGUGCUGCAAGAAUAUCCUACGUCUAGUUCUAGAAACCGAGCAGACGAUAACGUUUCCCGUUCUUUGGAAACUUCUUCGUUUGAUACAGUUGAAGAAUCCGGGGAUGAGAAAGAAAAUAAAGAUGCUUGUAAUUCAGACGAUGAAAAUGUGGCCUAUGUAAAUGCUCGGGAAAAGGUUUCUAGAACCGAGUCAUUCUUUAACUGCAGUGUUAGUGGUGUAAGCGGAUUGGAUGGUUCAGGGUCAUUCGAGGCCUUUUCUGAUCCUCAGUCACGAGAUUUUAUGAUGGCUAGGUUUCUUCCUGCAGCAAAAGCCGUGGCUUCAGAAACACCGCAUUUUGUUUCUAGAAGACACCCCGUGGCUAGAGAGCAGGAACAACCGGGGAUCAAGACAGUGACACUGAAGGAGUCCCCUCGAUACGAGUCUGUUCCUGAUCCCCUGCGUUGCACCAAUGGAGAAGAAAACGACGAUGAUAAGGAGGAACCCGAUAGAGCAGAAGAUUUAUCUGUCAAACUUUGUGGGCUUAUGCCUAGAUUUUGUAUGAUGAAUCCCAUACCGGGUAUGAGAGAUCACGUCGAAGUGAUUUCCUCUGCUCGAAGUGCUCGCACAAGACCUGCGUAUGCAGCACCCGGUAGGGAUCAUAAGCGGAACGAUGCAGGGAUUGCUUGUCGAGGUGAACUGAAAAGAACUGCGAAAAAGUAUACUCCUACGAAUGAAUCAACGAUGACUAGCAAGGAACCUCGAGAUUUCAGUCGAUGUAAGCCAAACUUGCCUAAAAAUGACAACAUAAUGACGAACUCAGCCUCACACGACGAUGCUGAAGAAAUGAGAAUUUCAGUAAACCGGCUUGUAGAUGAAAAAACCUUGUAUGUAGAUUCUGAAAGUAUGGUCGAAUCUCAACACUCAAAUUCAAGCUUACUGGAAUUCAAAGGAAGAAACCCUUCUAUGGAUUCACUGCAAGAUAUAAAGUCUUUCCGGGCUGUCAGUAAUGGCAUCAAAAACUUGCAGAAAGGCAAUAAAGACGUCACUUUAAUCGUUGAUGCUCAACAGCCACCCAAGGCUAGUUCUCCACUUGGUCUGAACUCCCUACUACCUAAGUCUCCGUCUGAGUCCUGGCUCUCUCGAACAUUGCCUUCGAUGCUCUCAAGGAAUCCAUCUUCCAAAUCAUAUUUGGUGAACCAUGCUUUCAGGCAUUCACCUGUGAAUCCUAAAUCAUCUGGUGCACAAAACAUGCUUUUCCUGUCUGCAGGGGAACUUGCACCUAUAUCGGAAAAUUAGACGCGAUCACAAGACUGGCAAGCCAAAUUUAUAGGCAUUGAGUUUGUGCUACUUGCAAUACCAGAAACUGCAUAGCUUCACCUGUCUAAACAGUUAUAAGACUAUUGUUUUCAAUGGGGAAAAAAUUACUGAUAGGUAUAUUUAAAAAAAAAUAGUGCGAAAAUGUGGUGACAGUCUCGACCAUGGUAACGAGAUGUGAUGGGGUAACGGGAGUACAUGUAAUGUUAAAUAUCAGUCGAAAGCAUGGAACAUUUCUUGAAACAACCCAAAACAAAUGUAACACGGUGAUGAGUAACGCGGCUUUUCUUGGAACAUUUCUCGAAAGCAUGGAACAUGGUAACGCGGCUUUUUACAUUACAAUGUGGGAAAUAUUAGAUCUUUCUUUUUGAAAAUCUUUACAACGUUACACAGCCAAUAUCAUAUUAUGCGGGCUUUAAUUUUGCACUAUGUUUGCAAAUUUCAAUUCUUUUGUGUAAAGCAUAUAAAGCUAUUAUUUUCCUUCUCGGCCAUUUUUUUGUUAAAUGUAAAACAAAUGUAUGUUCCACCAGCCUUGUAUGUUUACUUUUCAAACCUGAAAUGACUUUUGAGUGGUGAUGAGUAAGCCGUAGCAAAUUUAAACAAACAAAUGGAGUAUUUACUUUCCUAUUUGGGACAUUCACAACACCACCAUUUUCAUUUAUGGAUAAUAUUGAUAAAUCUCAAUCCUCGGAAAUAAUUUUUUUUAUUGAAAUUUUUAAUUUUUUUUUCUAGAUUCACCCUAUGGGUUAAUUACAUGAUUCUUUAAUCCAUCGUAAUUGAUCAUUCACAACACUUAAUACCAAUUUACUUACGGAUAACCUUAAUA